CUCAUGCCCACUGUCAUUCUCUUUUUCUUCCUGAAACACCCUCUCCUCUGCUCUCCUCUCCUCAUUUUAAAGCAGAAAUGCAUCAUGUGUUUUAUUCAGGACUGUCUGGCAGGCUCUUAGUUGCACGAGCAUCUGUUCUGAUUUGUUCUUGUGUGCAGCACAGGGAUUGAGUUGUUAAUCAGUGCAUUGUUAGCUUUUUUUAUUGUCUGGUUAAUUCUAAACUAAUAUCUUGUCCAAAGGAGAAACUAAUAUAUAUUUACACAGGAAAGAAUGCAAACAGAAGUUGCUUACGAAUAUAGCAGGUUCCAAUCGCAAAUGGUUUAACGGAUAGUUCCACCCAACAUUCUAAUUCUGUCAUCAUUUACUCUUAUGACAUUAUACCUGUAUAACCUUCUCCUUUGAAACAUGAGAUGAAAUUUUGAAACAUAUAUGAACUGUUUUGGUCCGUAUAGUGAAACCCAGUGGGGUCUAUAGCAACACUCGACCCCAUUGAGUUUCAUUGUAUGGACAUAUACUGGCACGUUUUUCACUUCUUUACAGGUUUGGAAUGACAUGACGGUGAGUAAAUGAUGACAGAAGAUGUUUCUCAAUCUAAGAACGCAGACAACGGGCUCGCAUUCUCAUGGAGACCGGUCUUGCCAGGCUACCCUCAAAGAACAAACUCAGAAUGACACGAGGACACAGAACGCAUCUUUGUGAGAAUGGAGAUGUCUUGUUGCUCAUCUGGCCAUCCCAUAGCACAUAUUAAAUAGCAGGACAGCACCACCCAAUGCACAAUAAUAUAACAUAACACGGAUCGAGAUGUCAUCAUAACUAAUUAAAACAUUUACUUGCAUUCUUUUUAUUUUACUGCAUGUAACAUGUAACAUUUGCCAAUGUUAAGAUUCUUUUUAAUAUGCCACUAAAAAGGACUGCAGGCUUCCUUCAGGUUUUUAUAUUUUAAUUAAGAUUAUGGCAAACAAAACUACGUGUUUACUUUCACAAGCAGUCACGCAUUUGCAUGCAUGAAACAGAAAGUUUAACACUAGAAGUUUAAGCUUACAAGCUUCCAUCUGGAAUUUCUAAUGGUUUGCUUCUCUCGUCUGCAUUUGAUGCAUCCUCUAGCAAGAACACAUCUGUGUAAUCUGUAUUUGUGUUCUUGAUUGUUGUAAUUGAACUUUGACCUUUGAGGAUGACGUACUAUGAGAACACAAGGGUGCAAGGUUGUGUAACCGAUCAGACACAAUUAUUUGUUAUAUUUAACAAAUAUUCUUUACCCACUCUGUGAGUUCCAUGAACCAUCCCCUGAAAGUGCAACUAUCACUCCAAGAGGGCUCAGUUACCAGGGCUACCAUCUGAUAAGACUCUUUAUUGCUAAAAAGUAUGUGGAAAGAUGCUAUGUGCAAUGGAACAGACCCUGUGAAAGACAGACUCUUUCCACCACAUAAAUUCAUAGACAGACCAUUCUAUGAAUAAACAUGCAUAUUCCAGAACAUUGUGUCUACUAUUCACUUGAGACAUGUACAAUCAUGUAUCCUAUGUAAUCGUAUAUGUUCUUUUCCUAUAUAUUAAACCUUGAAUCAAUGUUUUAGUAUUACUUAAUUAACCAAGAUCACACAUAUGCCUGUUUGGUAUUUGAGAGCUCCAAAUUACAUUUCCUAUUUGUUUAUUUACAUUAGAUUUCGCUAACUCUGUGACACAUUAGUAUUAUAAGAAUCUUGAAGAUUCUUUGCUUGAACAGCCAAUCCAAUUUUAUUUGCAAAACACCCUGGAUGGUAAAAUUUCCCUCCAGAGUUAACAUUCCUCAUUGGCUCACUCAUAUCCUGAGAGUGUGACAUCUUCACACUUUAAAGAUCACUGAUCACAAGAUUAGGUCCGUUUUUAGAUUGUCCUAGAAGUCUUCUAAGGACUUCUAAGUUUGUGCCAGGCUGUGGCCAUGACUUUCCAUUCAGCAAAGAUCCUCAGACUUCAACUGGUUCUCUUUCAUCAAGAAAAAAAUCAGCCAAUAUCAACUGGAGCCUCAACAAACUGCAUCAGGACACUUUUAUUCAAAUGGACAAGACAUCAAAUGGUGAUGAGCCUGCGGGUGUCAGAGCUGCAGGUUCUUCUGGGCUACGCAGGCAGAAACAAACAUGGACGAAAGCACGAGCUCGUGACUAAAGCCUUACACCUCCUUAAAGCCGGCUGCAGCCCUGCCGUCCAGAUGAAGAUCAAGGAGCUCUACAGACGACGCUUUCCCACCAAGCUGGUGUCCCCAACAGAACUGGCCCUGCCUGGAGUUCAUCCCACCGCUGCCUCUUUGCCCCCUGGCCUCACGCAGUUGGGAUUUGAUGGGCACAGAGCACCCCCAUCCCCUCUGCUCCCCAUCUCCCUUCUCGGGCCCAAACACGAGCUGGGACUGCCCCACCUCCCCACGAGCCUGCACCCUGUACACCCUGAUGUCAAACUUCAACGGCUGCCGUUCUACGAUGUACUGGAUGAGCUCAUUAAACCUACGAGUCUUGCUUCAGAUAACAGCCAGAGGUUUCAGGAAACAUGUUUUGCAUUUGCACUGACGCCACAGCAAGUCCAACAAGUCAGCAGCUCAAUGGACAUAUCGGGGACCAAAUGUGACUUUAUGGUGCAAGUACAGUUACGGUUUUGUCUAUCAGAGACAAGCUGCCCUCAGGAGGACCACUUCCCCCCUAAUCUUUGUGUUAAAGUCAACGGGAAACCGUGUAAUCUCCCAGGAUAUCUGCCUCCUACCAAAAAUGGCGUGGAACCAAAGAGGCCCAGCAGACCCAUCAACAUUACCUCAUUGGUCAAACUGUCCACAACUGUCCCCAACACCAUCGUAGUGUCCUGGACCUCAGAAAUUGGACGGAGUUACUCUAUGGCGGUGUACCUGGUCAAACAGCUGUCAUCUACAAUGCUAUUGCAGAGGCUGCGGGCUAAAGGCAUCAGAAAUCCAGAUCACUCCAGGGCACUCAUAAAGGAAAAGUUAACAGCAGACCCUGACAGUGAAAUAGCAACCACCAGCCUAAGAGUUUCAUUAUUGUGUCCGCUGGGAAAGAUGCGGCUAAUGAUUCCGUGUCGGGCAUUGACGUGUUCACACCUGCAGUGUUUUGAUGCUACGCUCUACAUCCAGAUGAAUGAAAAGAAGCCCACAUGGGUGUGUCCUGUAUGUGACAAAAAAGCACCCUAUGAGCAUCUCAUCAUUGAUGGGUUGUUUAUGGAGAUUCUGAACAGUUGUUUAGAUUGUGAUGAGAUCCAGUUCAAAGAAGAUGGUAGCUGGGCCCCCAUGAGGUCGAAAAAGGAAGUGCAAGAGGUGUCGGCUUCAUACAAUGGCAUUGAUGGUGGAUGUCGUACGACAGUGUUGGAGCAGAACUCUCAAACAAAUGGCAACAGUGGUGGAAAUGGCAAAAAAGUGGAAGUGAUUGAUUUGACUCUUGACAGCUCGUCUGAAGAAGAGGAAGAUGAAGAACCCCCUCAGAAGAAAAGCUGCCCCUCGCUAUCUAGCAUCUCUCCUCAGAUGGAUAAUGGACAAGCAUCUCCUGUGAGUCGAACUCCCAGCAUGCCUCAGGUGGAUACCAGUUACAUUCCCCCACCUCCUCCCCUCAUUCAGGACUACCGUCACUACUACUCUACACCCACUGACCUGUCAGAUCUCAGCUUUUUUCCUUUUUUACAAGGAGAGAAUCAUCAGCACUACAACAUGGUGAUGGCAGCAGCUGCAUCAGCUUCUGAAGAUCACGACCUCCUCCUGAGUCGUUUUCUCCCAUACAGCUCGUCUCAGCUCUUCCUGGACCCUCCCUCUACCCCCGUAAGCAACAGCCUUCCGCCCAUUAACGUCAAUGGCAGCAGCACCGGCAGCAGCCUGGUGUCCUCCAGCAGCCUACGGGAAAGUCUCGGACAUCCACCCGGCCCCCGCCCCAACUCUGAAUCAGCCCCCACGUCUGCCAUCUACGGUCCCAUCCCAGACGUCAUCUCGUUAGACUGACCCGGGACCGAAACCCUC